CGGCAUUCUAAAACCCUAAUGACGUCUUCGUAAAACCUCUCAAUUUUCAAAUUUUCCCAGGAAACAAUCACUUUGCCCUUCCCUUUUGUAUCUUCUUCUUCAAUUUUCACUCUGCCCUGAAAAUUCCUUAAUUCCCAUGCUUAAUCACAUCAACCGAUGGAAGACAAAACACAUUAUAUCUGUGGAAAAAUCUCGAAUUCUCUCAUCCCUGACUUCCCUCAUUUUCACCAAGCCCACUGUCUCGGCUGCAAAGAUCGGCGACGAAGAAAAACCCAUUGUCCAAAACCAUGGAGACACUGUGUCUGUAAUCCUUCUUGGCUUGAAGAGCUUUGGUUUGAGAAGUUUUCUUGGCGGGGAUUACUUCAAAUUCGUUUUCUCUACAUUGAAUCAGCCUCAGGUGGAUUCAGUUAUUGAUACUUUGAGGGUCGAGAACCCAGAUUUUGCGUUGGGUUUCUUCUUUUCAUUGAGAAAUGUUUAUGGCUUUGGACAUUCGAGGUUUUCCCGGUUCGUCGUCUCCCAUGUUCUGGCGUCAAAAAGUUGGUUUGAGGAAUUGCGUUUGGUUAUAAAGCAAAUGGUGGACGAGGAAGGCUCUGGUUCUGCACCUUCGAUUUGUGAGCUGCUCUUGAAUAGAUUUAGGGACUGGGAUGCAAAUAGGGUGGUGUGGGAUAUGUUGGCAUUUUCUUAUUCAAGAUCUGAGAUGGUUCAUGAUGCUCUCUUUGUUCUUGCUAAGAUGAAAGAUUUGAACUUGCAUGUUUCAUUGGCAACCUAUAACUGUCUGCUGUAUAACUUGAGGGAGACAGAGAUCAUAUGGGAUGUAUUUGAUGAAAUUAAAUCCCGUGGAAUUCCUCAAAAUGAGUACACUAACUCCAUACUUAUAAAUGGUCUAUGCAAGCAAUCGAAGAUGCAAGAUGCAAUUUUGUUCUUAAGGAACACUAAAGAGGAGCCUGGACCUUCUUCUGUUUCAUUCAAUACUAUCAUGUCAAGAUUUUGUAAGUUAGGUCUGGUGGAUGUUGCAAAGUCAUUGUUUUGUAUGAUGUUGAAGUGUGGACUGCUUCCUGAUUCAUACAGUUACAAUAUUAUUAUUCAUGGGCUAUGUGUAGCAGGGUCGAUGGAGGAAGCUUUAGAGUUCACAAAUGACAUGGAGAAGCAUGGAUUAGAGCCUAACAUAGUAACAUAUAACAUUCUUGCUAAAGGGUUUCACUUACUUGGUCUAAUGAAUGGAGUUCGGAAGGUUAUUCAAAACAUGUUGCAUAAAGGGUUGAAUCCAGAUCAUGUUACUUAUACAAUCCUCAUAUGUGGGUAUUGUUAUGCUGGGGAUAUUGAGGAAGCCCUUAAGCUACGGGAAGAGAUGCUGUCACGUGGUUUUCAGUUGAGUGUCAUGUUGUAUGGUGUACUUCUUAGCUGUUUGUGUAAAAGUGGACAGGUUGAAGAAGCUUUGAGAUUGCUUGAUGAAAUGGAGUUCUUAGGACUGGAACCGGAUCUUAUAACAUAUUCUAUCCUAAUCCAUGGCCUUUCCAAACAAGGAAAGGUUCAAAGGGCUAGUCAAUUAUAUAAGGAAAUGUGCUUGAAGGGAAUUUUACCAAAUAAUUUUGCGGCCCGAUCUAUUCUGUUGGGUCUACGGGAGAAGGGAAAUAUAUCUGAAGCCAGGAAAUAUUUUGACACUUUGGUAACAAUGGGCUUGAUGUACGAUAUCAUUAUCUAUAAUAUUAUGAUUGAUGCGUAUGUGAAAAUGGGUAAUAUUUCGGAAGCUGUACAGUUAUAUAAAAAAAUAAUAGAAAAAGGGAUCACUCCUAGUGUUGUCACUUUCAAUACUCUUAUUUACGGGUUCUGUAAAACUGGAAAACUUGCUGAGGCUUGCAACUUUUUGAAUAUCAUCAAGCUGCAUGGGUUGGUACCAAAUGCGGUUACUUAUACUACUCUCAUGAAUGCUCACUGCGAAGAAGGAAACAUCAAUGGCAUGCUUAAAUUACUACUGGAGAUGGAAGUCAUAGGUGUGAGACCAACCCAUGUUACUUACACUGUAGUUAUCAAAGGACUCUGCAAGCAGUGGAAGCUUCAAGAGACUUUCCAGUGGGUUAAUAAUAUGUAUAUCAAGGGUUUAGUCCCUGAUCAAAUCACAUAUAACACCAUCAUCAAGUAUUUUUGUAAGGCUCAGGACUUUACAAAAGCGUUUCAGUUACUCAGCGACAUGUUAUUGCAUAAUCUUGAGCCAACUCCUGUUACAUACAAUGUUCUUUUGAAUGGUCUUUGUGUACAUGGUGACCUCAAGGAUGCUGACUGUCUACUUGUGUCUCUUGAGGAACGCAAUGUUAGUCUGACAAAAGUUGCUUAUACCACGAUAAUUAAAGCUCAUUGUGCAAAGGGUGAGGCAUGUCAGGCAAUGAGGCUCUUUCAUCAAAUGGCAAAGAAUGGAUUUGAAAUAUCAAUCAGAGAUUAUAGUGCUGUGAUAAAUAGAUUGUGCAAAAGGAGUCUAAUUACUGAAGCAAAAUAUUUUUUCAAUAUGAUGUUAUUUGAUGGCAUUGCUCCUGAUCGAGAGCUUUGUGGUGUGAUGCUUAAGGCUUUCCAAAAAGUCGGUGAUCCCAAUUCUGAAUCAGAGAUUCUCGCUGGGAUGAUCAAAUCUGGCUUGGUUCCUGGAUAAGACUGAAUAAUAAUAAAAGAAAAAAAGAUUCUUUAGCACGUUGUCAUUGGAAAAGAGUUACAGCUUCGCUAAUACAGAACUUUAGUGAACAAGGUAAGUAACAGACUUCUUAUACACUUAGAACUCCAGAUUAAGCUGGACCAUUAACUAAUAACUAUAUACACCUUUACAUAGUGAUGGGAAGAAUAUAAAUAUUUUUGAAGGGUUAGCUUAUAUACAAACUCGAGAGUCAUUUCUUCUGUUGCACGACCGCCGCAGGGGCAGGGACACGAUUCCUGCAUAUAUAUAUAUAUAUUACAAAAUCGUGACAUUAAAGUUCGCUUGACCACCACUUUGAAUUGACGGCGACGCAAUGAACGAGGUAUUCACUUUAAAGCUUUUUUUUUUUUUUUGUGAGUGUGUGUGUGUGUUCAUAGCAGAAGAACUAAAAUAAAAGUAGAAACUAAACAAAGAAAUUUAACUUAACAGGGAGAACAUGGAAAAUAAAUAUUGCCCCUCAAAAGUUGAAAGAAACUAAAAUUUUGUAAUGUUGUUUGCUAAGUUACUUGAGAAACCCAAAAAUAUUUGGAUUUCGAUGAAUGCUAUAAAUGAACUAUUGAAAGCUAACUUCUUGGGUUUUUUUAGUAUUGCUCUUUUUUAUUAAUAGUAUGUGUUUUUAUAAGCUAACCGGAUCUUAUAACAUAUUUUAUUAAAACAUCAGAACUUGUAUUAAUAAUAUGAGAAAUAAUACAAAGAGGUACGGGAGUACAAUAAACUUACUACCCAUAUAUAACAAACAAAAUCGAAAACAGAAUAUAAAGUUCCUAGAACACAGAACUAAGAACUUCAUAAAAGAAGCAUU